CAGAGCUGGCGCUGGGCCUGUGGGUUCUCCAAACUGCACCCCAACAUGGACGGGCAGCAUUUGGAAAAGCCACACAGCCACGGCCACGCCACGGCUGGCAGGACGCCAUCGUCCACGUCCCAGAACCCCAGAACGUCCUGCCACGUCUCUGAAUCCAUGAAGGACUUGACUCACCUGAAGGUACUUCAGGACCCUGACCACAGGGACAGACAGAAGAGACACCCCACCACCAUCAUGCUCUGCAAGUCACAGAGCAGCCAGGCUGCCAUGAGGCCCAAGGAGCACAAGGUGUUCAUGGAAGAAGCCUACAACGCAGCCAUUUGCUUCAAGAUGCUCCAGGACCUGAAUGGUUCAGACCCUGUCCACCUGAAGCACAUCACCAAGAAGAUCAAGAGCAUGGCUCACAAGGCCCCCAACCUGGUGCUGGAAACCAUCCAUGACUACUUUGUAAACAACCCAGAGAUCUCCUCCCGGCACAAGUUCCGGCUGCUCCAGGUCCUGGAAGCAGUCAUCAGAGCCAGCAACCACCUGGAGGAGGCCUGGGAGAAGACACUCAUGCAGCUGGCCCUGGAGAACAUGACCAAGUCCACGGAGCUGGAAGAGGCGUACCAGGACGCGGCCAGCGACGUGCUGCUGGCCGUCUGUCGGCACUCGUGGCGGGCGGUGGCCCAGCACCUGGAGACCGAGGUCCUGACGGGCGUCUUCCCGCACCGCAGCCUGCUCUACGUGAUGGGCAUCAUGACCUCCAACGAGUCCAUCUUCCACAAGGGAGAGAAGGCAUGCUGGGAAGAGCAGCUGGCCAAGAUGGCCAUCAAGUCCGUCCAGUUCCUGAACAGGGACAUGUGGUUCAAGGAGCUGCUGUUGGCGCUCACCAAGCCCGACCGGACACAUCAGGAGCAGCCCCCCGAGAAGAUCUUUCUGUUCAUCUACUACGGGCUGAUCCUUCAAGCCGAGGACAACGCCACCGCUGUCAGGGCGCACCUGAAAGCCCUCCUGGACACGUCCCACGAAUGGCCCAAGCAGAGGGAGGGUAUCGCGCUCACCGUCGGGCUGGCCGCAGCCCGCCACUUGGACCACGUCUGGUGCGUUCUAGAGCAGUUCAGCCAGAGCAGCCCCAUUAAGUGGAGCCUCAACAGCUUCUGCCUCAAGGGUCAGUGGUCGGAGGACCUGCAGUGGAGGUGGGCCAGCAGCACCGUCCUCCUCGCCUACGGUCAGAUGGCGGUCAGGGCCAGGGCGCACAUCCUCCCGUGGGUGGACAGCAUCUUGUCUCGGAUGGUCUUCUACUUCCACUACAGCUCCUGGGAUGAGACCUUGAAGCAGAGCUUCCUCACCAGUGUCCUCAUGCUGGUGGGGGCCAUCAGCCACAAUGAGGGGGCCCACAGCUACGAGUUCCCCCAGAUCUCGGAGCUUCUCGAGUGUCUGAUGGUUUUGAUGGAGAAGGAACCCCAGGACACACUGUGCACGUCAACUCGCCAGCAGACCAUUCACAUCAUCUCCAGCCUCUGUAAGCUGAAGCCACCCUGGGACUUGGAGAGGAAAUCACGGCUUCUGUCCGUCUGCCUCCGCAGUGUGUUGGCCCUGCCAAUGCUGGACGUCCUGGAGAAACACACCUGCCUCUUCCUGGAGCCGCCCAACAUACAGACCCUCUACAACAAGACCUCGGAGGCCCUGGACCAGAUGCUGCAAAGCUUCAUCAUGCAGAACCCCACAGCCGAGGAGCUGCACUUCCUGCUGUCGCACAUGUACGUCUGGCUGGCGUCGGAGAAGGCACACGAGCGGCAGCGGGCUGUGCACAGCUGCAUGGCCCUCCUCAGAUUCCUGAGCCACAACCUCUACCUGGAUACAAAAGAGGACUUCCAGAGGAUUGGGCAGCUGGUGGGCAUGCUGGGAAUUUUGUGCCAGGACCCUGAUAAGACCACCCAGCACUCCAGCCUGGAGGGGGUGUCCCACGUCUACCAGCUCCUGAUGCGCCAGAGAACGAGACAAGUUCUGAAGGUGGAGGCGCGGGCCCCCAAGCAGCUUUCCCAGGCCGGCAAGGAUGGGGCCCUCUUCUGGAGCAGCGGAGAUGGGAAGGCAGCUCCUCCGGCCCCCCAGGAGAUGGCAUUCACGAAGGAUCACAUCUUCCAACCUGGCAGCUCCCAAGUCAUCAAGGAGGUCAUGAAGCAUCUCACGAUGGUAGAGCUGACCGACCUCAUCUGGACGGCCGUCAACGGACUGGGCUCCACCAGCCCCUCGCGCGUGCAGGCGGCCGCCAACAUGCUGCUCAUCGCCAUCCGGGAGCACGGGGCCAAGCUGGAGACCGUCGCCAACCUGGGCCGAGCCAUCCACGUGCAGCUCUGCUCCAUCCACAUGCCCCGAGCCAAGAACAACGCCCUGCACGCCGUCACCCUGCUGGCCCGGAACCACGCCCCGGAGCUGGUGGCCACCCUGCUGGACUGCUCCACCCCCUUGGACAGCCACGCCUUCCAGUUGUGGAGGGCCCUGGGGGCCGAGCAGCCCGCGAGCCGCCUGGUAGUGGCCGAGCUGCUGGCCUGGCUGCGUGAGCGGCCGCUGCCCCCCGGGGCCGGAGACGGCGGCACCCCGCCCAGGGAGAAGGCCCACCUGCGCUCGCUCACCGCCAUGAACUUGCUGCACCAGCUGCAGUUUGCCCACGAGUUCAAGAAGGCAAUGCAGGAGGCCUACCCGGAGCUCCUCCUGGCCUUCCUCACCCAGAUGCACUACGUCUUGGAGCUCACCCUGCCCGAGGAGGCCCGGCCCAGCGAGGAGGCCCGGCCCAGCGAGGAGGCCCGGCCCAGCGAGGAGGCCCGGCCCAGCGAGGAGGCCCAGUCGAGCCUGCAGAGCACGUCGCUGGAGGCACUGAAGGGUCUGCUGUCCAGCCCCAGGCACUGGCAGGACUUCGCCCACAUGGAGCUGCAGGGCGCCUGGAAACUCUUCUCCAGCACCCACACCUACCCGCAGGGCGCGCGUCUCCUCGCCAGGGCCAUGGUUGAGAACCACUGCGGGCACAUCAAGGCGGUGACCAGCCAGCUGCUGACCGCCGUGCGCAGCGAGGAGGAGCGAGAGCGGAAGACGGCCGUCCUCAUCCUCACUGAGUUCCUCUACAGCCCCACGCUGCCGGAGGUGCUCCCCAGAGAGGCCGCCCUGACGGUGCUGGCCCGAGGCCUCAAGGACUCCAGCCCUGAGGUGCGCGUGUUGAGCCUGCAGGGCCUCGCAAACAUCCUUUUCCACCCAGAGAAGGGAAGCCUGCUCUGCGGACAGCUGCCGGCCUUUCUCGACGGCUUCUUCCACAGCAGCGAGCAGGUGGUUGUGCAAGUCAUGGGCACCGUGUCGGAUGUGCUGCACAGCCUGGGCACAAACGGCGCGGUCGCCCAAAGCCUCCGGGUCGCCUUCAACGCCCGCUCCUUUUUCGAUGACGAUCGGGACGCGAUCCGGGCGGCGGCCAUGGCGCUGUUCGGGGACCUGGUGGCCGCCAUGGCGGGCAGGGAGCUAAGCGGCCUGCGGACCCAGGUGCACCAGAGCAUGGUGCCCCUGCUCCUGCGCCUGAAGGACCGCUGUCCGGCUGUCGUCACGGCCAAGUUCGCCCUGUACCGCUGUGCGGUGCUGCUCCGCUGGCGGCUUCAGCACACCCUCUUCUGCACGCUGGCCUGGGAGACGGGCCUCAGCGCCCGCCACUUCCUGUGGACCUGCCUGAUGACCCAGAGCCAGGAGGAGUUCGGCAUCCACUUGGCGCAGGCCCUCAGCUACCUGCACAGCAGCCACCGCCACAUGAAGACCUGGGCUGCACUCUUCAUAGGGUACACCAUCUGCCACCACCCCCAGGCCGUGUCGCAGAUGGGCAGCAGCGCCAACACAAACCUGCUGUUCUGCACUUUUGAAGAUCUCAAAAAAGACCCAGAGCCCAGCAUCCGGGAAUUUGCCACCAGGCAGUUGUCUUUCCUUCAGGAGGUGGUGGCCGCCAAACCGAAGUGACCUCCCCCCUCACCCUUCUCCCCCCCCCCCCCGUGCCCACUGAAGUGGUCAGCCCUGCCCCAUCCACACAGAGCUUGGUUGCAAAAGAUUUUUCCAUUUGAAAGAAAGAUCUAGAUUCAACAAAGAAGCGUCACACCUGUUGGCUCCCUGCCCACCAUCUUGUGGCCCCAGAGGACCAAGGCAAGCCCAGGGGACACUGGCAAGACUAGGGGACAGGGACAGGCCUAGAGAAGAGGGGGCAGACCAGGUCUCCCAGAGACAAACUGUGAAGUCCGUGCAGGGUCCUGCGAAUGACAGCUUGUGGAAGUCAGGUGGACUCAGGACUCCACCUGACCAGAGCCCAAGCCAUGGCCCACCAGGGUCCUGAGGACCGAGAAGGCUCUCCAUGGGCAGCCACGGUGGGCUGGGGCCAUUUGCCAAGGCGCCCCCACCCCUGAGUCUUCAGUUUGCCUCUGGUUUGGAGCUUUAUAGUCACCAAGGAGCUUUUAGUGGGGAAAUGGUCCCUUGGCUGGUCCCCCUCAGUCCAGGUGACUCAAGGUCUCCCUCCACCAUGACCCCCAUCCUCGUGAGUCCAAUCAGGGCUGGGCCAGAGCCAGACCUUCCCAGCUGGUCCUGGAUGAGCUGUGUGGCCUAAGGCAAGGGUCUCGGCUCUCUGCACCUCAGCUAUUCCAUCUGUGAAAUGGGUAGAAAGACCUUCCUCCCUGGAUCCCUCGCAGGACUGAGUCCAAAGGCAGUCCAUCCUGGCAAGGACGCCCACCUCACAUGCAGCCACCUGGAGACACGCCUGACCUUUAGCCAGGUCCUCCCUUCUUAGCCUUGGUCUUCCCACAUGUGAAAUGGGCAGAUGGGCCUUUCCCAGGUCUGCCAAAGCUCCUCUUAGAGCCUGAGUCCCAGGCUGUCUCUCAGGAUCCCCACUCGACCAGCCGUCUCCCCACUUGCCUUGUCUCUCAAGUGCGCACACUGACCACCUCCCACGCUUUUGCUCAGAAAGCUUCUCCCCCCCAGAACACCUUCCCCACUCUCUCCCCUCGGGGCCCCCCCACUGCCCCAUCCUUCGAGAUCCAGCCUGCAUGACGCUGCCAGAAGGAGCUCCCUCCUCAGCCCCUCCUCAGCCCACCCCGAGCCUACCCCGCCCCUUUCUUGCACCAGACUCCCGGGCUGUCUCACCCCGCCCCUGCCCCCGGAGACUGUAAGCCCCUUGGGGGCAGGGAUGCCCUGUGGCUGCACAAGGCUGGCACAGAGGAGGCCCCGAAACUUGGAUGGUGGGUUGGAAAACUACAGCGACCUUCCUGGAGCACGCAUUUACUAGCCUUCUCGGAUGUGUUUCAUUUGGUAGAGCUGGGGGCCCCUUCUCCACCCAGGAGCCCAGAGAGGGUUGGGGUCUGCGGCCCCAGCCUACCCAUCUGUCCAUCUCUGAAUAAAGCCCCUGAGGAGUGA